ACGCACGCACACAUUCUCUCUCCUCAAAUCCAGACAUAUACUAAAAUGACAGCAGAAAAAGGACACUGACAAUUUCCCGUGAAAGGAGUCACCAAAAGAUCUCUGAAUUCCGAACCAAUUUAGCAAACACCCCAAACCCAAAAGCCCUCUCUCUCUCUCUCUCUCUCUCACACACUCAAUCUAAAGAACAUAUUCACUUGUGCUCCUUCUAUCUCAUCAUCUUCAACCUCUUGUUACUGAAACUAUCAGAAAUGGGUAAUUCCCAUUUUUCUCUGUCUUUUUUAAUCCUGUUAAUUAUAACAGUUACUGAUUUGUUCUUUGAAGCACAUUCAACGACUUACUGGGAAGAUAUAGAGGCAUUGAAAGAGUUCAAGAACGGACUCGACGCCAACUCAGUGAGUCAAGGCUCGUGUUUGAGUUCUUGGGACUUCACCGUCGAUCCAUGCGACAACCUCUUCAGCGAAAAAUUCACUUGUGGGUUUCGCUGCGACGUCGUGUUCUUCAACACCAGCCGAGUCACCGAACUCGCUCUCGACCAGGCGGGUUACUCCGGCUCACUCACUUCCGCCUCCUGGAACCUUCCCUACCUACAAACUCUGGACCUCUCCAAUAAUUUCUUUUCUGGGUGGAUUCCCAACUCGCUCUCGAACCUGACUCGGCUUCAGCGACUCAGUCUCUCGCGCAACUCGCUAUCCGGGUCCAUACCCGAUUCAGUCGGGUCUUUCUAUAAUCUGGAAGAGCUUUACCUCGAUAACAACCAUUUACAAGGGACAAUCCCCUGGAGUCUCAACGGUCUGAAGAAUUUAAAAAGGCUCGAACUUCAAGGCAACGGACUCAGUGGUGAGUUUCCUGAUCUGGGUCAACUCAGUAACCUCUAUUUCUUGGACGCAAGUGACAAUGCCAUCUCCGGCGAGCUUCCGGCGACUCUCCCACCUUCCCUUGUUGAGCUCUCUAUGCGAGGCAACCAAUUGGCAGGGAAUAUUCCCGCGAAUAUCACGAGAUUGGUUUAUUUGCAAGUGAUGGACCUGAGUCACAACCAACUCAGUGGGUCAGUCCCGUGGUCUCUCUUCACUCACCCGUCUCUCCAACAGGUCACACUCGCCUACAACCGAUUCGGGUCGGUCCAAUGGCCGGGAAACUCGGGUCAGGAAAGCGGGCUCAUAGCCAUGGACCUCAGCAACAAUGAGAUCCGCGGGUUGUUACCCGGGUUCAUGGGUUCGAUGCCGAAACUCUCGGCAUUGUCAUUGGAGAACAACAAGUUGUCGGGUAUGAUUCCGACCCAGUACGCCCUGAAGUUAGCCGUACCGGGUAACGGGGUCUCCCCGUUUCAGAGGCUGUUGUUGGGUGGGAACUACUUGUUCGGACCCAUACCGCGUCCUCUAAUGGAGCUGAAACCCGGGUCGGUUAUGGUGCGGUUAGGGGACAACUGCUUGUACCGGUGUCCCUUAAGGUACUUCUUUUGUCAGGGUGGGGGACAGAAGUCCCUAAUGGAGUGUAAGAGCUUUGGUCCUGUGAUUCCUUGAAUAUUGUGACGUUGUCUAUAUCUCUCUCUCUCUAUAUAUAGAUAUAUAUAUAUAUAUUUUUUUCUCUUCCUAGAAUUUAGAUUUUCGCUCUCUAGAGUUGAGAUAUUCAUAUCUUUGUGUAUUGUGUAUUCUCGUUUUAUUAUUAUUAUUUUUUUAGUUAAAUUGUGAAAUAAGAUAGGUUGGUAAGAUGACGAUGUCUAUUAAGGAUGGUAGCAGUACUAUUUUGUUUGCCAAACUAUGUUAUAAGAGAGACUGUUAAAUCCACGCUCAUUUCUUGCGCGUGGUGGACGCUCAGUAAGAUAAUAGAUAUGCGAGAAAUUAUUUCACCACCGAAUAAA